GUGAGGGGACGUUUGGGUUUCGUUCGCCUGCUGGAGUCAGUUGUACAGCAUCUAAAUUUGGAUCAGCGUACAUAACCGUGCAGCUGCUGCCAGUGGUCCGUUCUAGUGCCUGUCUAACGAUGGUUCUUACGAGCUGUAGAGGUUAAACUAUUGCCAUUUCUACGUGGUUGCUCGUCGUUCUGUCAGAAGCCAUGAAUCCUCUUCGUCGAUCUCUCUCGGCGGUUAUCAAGCGAUUACAAAUUCAGCGUCUCCGAGCAGCCACCUGUUUAACGCCUCUCGCACUCCUACUAUACGUCGUCGUUCUUCAAGCUAGCGGAGCGCUAGCCAAUGUACCAGGCAAUAAUAUUUUUUCGGGGAUUGGCCGGUCGUUCCUGGAAGUCAGUGGGACUAAAUCUGACAGCGUUGCUCGAAGAAACCUCCCGUUUGUCGCGGAGCUGAAUUAUGGCUACUUCAAACCGUCUCUCACCAGAAUCUCUGCGUCGUCUUCUCGACGGAACUUAGUGGAAGCGCGGAUGUGGCUUUACGGUCACGUGCUCACACAAGGCUACUACUACGCCAACUUGUGGUUCGGCACGCCUGGCCAUCGCUUCGCGGUGAUCGUGGAUACUGGCAGCACCGUGACGUACGUGCCGUGCGCCUCGUGCACCGAGUGCGGUAGCCACCACCAGGACCUGCCGUUUGAGCCGGAGAAGUCGUCGACGUACCAGUUUGUCCCGUGCCAGUCGGAGCAGUGCCCGUACCACGACUGCCAGGACAACUCGGACGAGUGCUCGUACGACCGCCACUACGCCGAGAACAGCAGCAGCAGCGGGCUCAUCGUCUCCGACGUCGUCACCUUCGGCAACGCCUCCACGCUCCCGCCCGCGCGGAUUCUCUUUGGCUGCGAGCUGGGCGAAACGGGGGAUAUUUACACGCAGAAGGCGGACGGGAUCAUGGGCAUGGGGCGGGGGGAGUUGGGGAUUGUGAGCCAGCUGUCGACGGGAGCUGGGAAGGUGAUGGAGGAGCAGUUCUCGCUGUGCUAUGGGGGCUCGGACGGGGGCGGCGGGGCCAUGAUCAUGGGCGCCAUUGAGCCGCCCGCUGGGAUGAAGUUCACCAGGCUUGACAUGCAAGGUAGCAGCACGUACUACAACGUGAUCCUCAACACCAUCAAGGUGGACGGCAAGCCUCUGCCGCUGGACGCGUCGGUGUUCCGCGGCGGGUACGGCGUGGUGAUGGACAGCGGCACCACCUUCUCCUACCUGCCGCGCAAGGCCUUCGAGGCCUUCAAAACCGCUGUGGAUGCGGGAGUGAAGGGCGUGCAGAGCGUUCCUGGCCCAGAUUCGGUGUACCAGGACGUGUGCUAUGGCGGAGCCUCAGACAAGAUAGAGGAGCUGUCCAACCACUUCCCCUCGGUCUCCUUCACCUUUGAUGGCGACGUCGUCUAUGACCUCACGCCAGAGAACUACCUCUUUCGGCAUGUGAAAGAGCCGGGUUCCUACUGCCUGGGGUUCUUCAAGAACAACGACCGGGGAACACUCAUCGGAGGCAUUAUAAUGCGCAACACCCUGGUGACGUACGACCGUGUGAACAGCCGCAUCGGCAUGUGGAAGACGGACUGCCAGCAGCUGUACCAGGGGCUCCAGCAGGCGUAUACAGAGCAAGGACUCAACCCCGCGCCCCUCCCAGAAUACCUGCUCAAUGAACCUCCCCCCCUGCCGGAUUCCGCUGUCGAAGCCAAUAAAAAUGGUGGAAGUGGUGGCUCAGAGGGAGGGGGGGGGAGUGGGAGUGGGGAGAAAGGGGAUGAAGGAGGGGGUGGAGGGGGAGGGGACGAGGGAGCGGGUGGUGAUGAGGCCAGUUCAGGCGACGGGGCGUCUGGUGACGAGUCUGUUAUAUUGUCAUGUGACGGCUGUGCUGGCAGCAUUGUGGCGGACCUGCUGGUGGGGCUGCCUCUGCUGCAGUUCGCCCCGCUCGUCAACCCCUUUGUGCACGACCUCUCACGGGAGCUGGGGCUGCUGGAGUCGCAGGUCACAGUGGUGAGCUUUCACGAGGGCGAAGGCACUGCCCAGCAGCAGCAGCAAGCGGCAGGGGAGGGAGGCAGUGGUGCCGCGGGCAGUGUGGCAGCGGCAGGCGUGGGCAGCACGCGGGUGAACAUCUCCAUCCUGCCCUCGCCGCCUCAAGUUGUCCUCGACAAGGCCACCGUGCAGCGAGUGGUGAACGUGCUGCAGAGCAGCAUGGCCAUCCGGGAUGUGUUUGGGACGGUCACCGUGCUGCAUGUGCAAGUGGUGCAGGCUCCCGCUCAGGGCUCCAGCUCCCCGUUCAUCUGGCUAGGAGUGGGGGCUCUUUCUCUAGUGCUCCUGCUGCUGCUGCUCCUCUUCGCGUGCUACUGCUGCUGCAGACGGAGAUCUGAUGGGAUAUCUGCAAGGGUCGAGGAAAGAGACGAGGAGGAGGGGUUGGCGGAUAACGAGGAGGGAAAGGGGAACGAUGCUGGGAAUGGGGAAGAGGAAGGGGAUGGGGAACUGGGUGAAAAGGGUGUCAAGGUCGGUUUGUUUGGAAGUGGGAAGGUGCAGAGCGGUUCGGGGGAGGCGAUGUCGAUGUUAAAUGGGCGUGAGGAGGGGGAGGAAGUGGAGGAGGAGGGAGAGAAGGUGACGAUUCUUCAGCAGAGGGAGCCCAGUGCUCCUCAUUUGUGAUUUUUUGUCAGGGUGGGUGCUCUCUUGUUUCUUGGAUUUUGAGUUGAUGGUUGUAUAAGAUCAAUCUUAAGUAUUGUUGGUCGCAAUGGAUGGAAUGCAUAAGUGCCACCCUAUCCUGUUUGGCCACACAAA